CGGAGGCAUUUUUAUGAUGGGCAGUUCAAGACUUCUGUCGUUGCCCCUCCCGGAGAUUAGGAGGGCAGAUCAAAAAUAGGUCUCCGGAGAUACUAUGAGCGUGCUGCGGGCGGAGACCUACAGGCUACGGCCUGCCGCAUCCAUAUUUUCUAUUGGUAACCCGAGGGAAUGCAGGGGUCCUGGGAUACAGCGACGAGCCCAGUCACUCCCGAUCGUGUAAGUCUCUUGGGUGUACAAGUGAUCAGAUAAGCAAAAUCUUUGUCAGAUAAGAUUCCCACUGUGACGUAUUCGAACUCCGAAACCCUUUCUUAGCCCUUCCGAAAUUGCAUCUUCUCGCACUUCUCUUUCAUCGUCCACCAUGUUCCGUUCAGCACUCACAAAGACUAGGCUCAGCACUGUAGCACCAAAGGCUGCAAGAGCUGGUAUUGCACCAGUGCUCGCUCGUGGUUACCAUGAGAACGUUAUUUCGCAUUACGAGAGCCCAAGAAAUGUAGGCUCCCUUCCCAAACAUGACGUUGAUGUUGGUACUGGACUGGUCGGAGCUCCUGCUUGUGGAGACGUCAUGAAACUCCAAAUCCGAGUAGAUGAAAGUGGCAUCAUAAGUGAUGUCAAGUUCAAGACGUUCGGUUGUGGCAGCGCCAUCGCUUCAAGUUCAUAUAUGACGGAGCGUGUUAAGGGUCUUACCCUCGAGGAGGCAGGGAAAAUCAAGAACACUGAGAUUGCCAAGGAAUUGUGUCUUCCUCCUGUGAAGCUUCAUUGCUCAAUGUUGGCAGAGGAUGCUAUUCGUUCCGCUAUUCGGGAUUAUCGGUCAAAGCGGAGUAAGCUGGCCGAAGGUCAGAAAGCGGGCUUCAUCGAUGUGACCCAAAGUGCAGUUACCGGGCAAACUGUGGCCACUGCACAUCCGGGUAUGGCUGCAUAAAUAAAUGUUUUCUCAGGUCGAAGUUUCUCCAGGUGCUUCUCUCAUGCACGUCCCAUCAUUUUACUUGUUUCGCAUAUUCAUGUUCGCAUCAAUUCCUGCAUUUAUGUCCACAUAUUCUCAAAAUGUCCUUACGUCGGAUGAUUAGUUAGCUGUACUACCAUGUCGCAAUGAUAAUUUGCAUUUUAAUGCUAU